UGGCUUUAUUUUUGAAGAUUUAGAAUAUGACUUAUCUGAAGAUUUGAUGUCUAUAACCAGUCCUGGAUCAUCCAAGGUGGAAUGUUGUCCACAAGAAUUUGCUAUCAAACUAAAUGGCGAUGGCUUCAGUUUUCAAGAUGUAGAAUAUGACUUAUUUGCAGAUUGGAUGUUUAUAACCGGUCCUGGAUCAUCUAAUAAAAGCUGUGAACAACUACACGAUGAGCGGAAAUAUGCAAGACUAUUAGUCCAAUUACUAGAGCAAUCUGCUACGAGUAUAAAAUUAUUUCUAGAUGCUGUUAAAACAAAAUUGUGACAUGGAUAAAGUUCUUAAAUUAAAAAAAGCUUUGGAACAAUAUAGGUUAGGAUUUAACCUUAGUUCAUUGUGGCCAACUUCAGAAUGUAAAGAAAAAGAAAAAGAAAUAGAAACAUGUUACAAGGAUCUCAUGGAUAAUAUCUCAAAAUUAAUAAACAAAAUAAUCUCAAAAAUAGAUAUUAAAGAGAGAGAAGAAAGAUAAUUAGUUGAAGAAGAAGAACUGCCAUAUGAGAUUUUAAUUAAAGACAGUGUAACUAAAUUAAAACAGUUUGUGUCAGAUUUCAUAAAGAAAGUUAAUCUUGUUUUCAAUGAAUCAUAUCGUUCUAAGUAUGGAAUAAUAACAGAUUGUGAUACAAAAGAUGAAAGCGAUGACUUUAGUCGAGAAAUAAUGGAUGUUACUGAGCCAGCAUCUGUAAUUCCAGUAAUUAAACCACAUCCUGCUGAAUUUCGAUUUAUUACAUUGGAUACAGAUCCAGUAUACAAAGUAACCAAACCAGAAUAUAACCAAAGUAUAACCAAACCCGAAGAAGCUGGAGUUUUUGAUGUGGUAGUAACACUUAUGGAUAAUUCACACAAAUACAUCAAUGAUCAAGAUAAUUUAAAUCCAUCGUUACCAAAAGUUAUUGCCAAGGACAUCCAAAUACUUCAAAAAAGUUUAACGGCAGGAAUUUGGGUGAAAACUUUUGAAAAUCGUGUGAGGACCAGAAAAAAGCCAUAUGCUGGUGGUUUGUUUCUAUUUGAUGUCAAAAUUCCACUCACAUAUCCAAUCCAACCUCCACUCUGUCAUUAUUAUAGUUAUUGUGUAGACCGGUUGAAUCCAAAUCUAUACGAAGAUGGAAAAGUAUGCCUUAGUCUUUUGGGUACUUGGUCUGGUCAAGGAGUUGAACUUUGGUCACCUAAUGAUUCAAAUUUAUUACAGCAUCUAUUAUCAAUACAAGGACUGAUAUUGGUGAGUGAAUCAUAUUAUAAUGAACCUGAAUUUGAUUCAUUGAGGUCAAAACCUUGCAAAAGAAAACUCUCGUGUUUACAACGAAAUGGCUCUGAUCAAAGUAGUGUAGUCAAUGACAAAUAUGUCAAACAUGAACAAUUCAUACAUAAACUGGUCAAGAGAUGGUGUUGGCAAUUUAGCUUCGAGACAGCAAAGUUCCAUAAUUUAUAUGCAGAAGCGAAUUGCAUUGUUUCGUAGUACGGAGUAGUAGAAUAUAAUAUCAAUAUACAGAUUUAACAAAAUACUGACGGAUACAAUAUAUUAUAAUUGAAUUCAAACUUAUAACAUGCAUUACACUGUUAAAGAAAUAAAGAAGACUCU